CUACGUGUCAACGUAUAAGCUGUCUAAAGAACACAGCAUAUGCUAGCUAGUGGAUAUGUGGCUUAUAUUACAGUAAUUAUAUAGCAUAAUACCAAAACACCAGAAAUUCGAUGGAGAAUGUUCAGAAUCUUCCUAUCGACAUUCAAACCGGCAAGCUUCCCGACUGGCUGGUUGAUAGGAGGCACUGUUCUCUGAAAUGGCAGAGUGCAGUGAUGGUCAUCAGAGAGAAAAUUAAUGCAGCUAUCCAGGAUAUGCCAGAGAGUGAAGAGAUCAAACAGCUGCUUUCUGGCUUACACAUCCACUACUUUCACUGUUUAAGGAUAGUUGAAAUACUGAAAGGAACAGAAGCCUCUUCCAAAAAUAUAUUUGGCAGAUAUUCAUCGCAGAGGAUGAAGGACUGGCAAGAAAUAGUGUCCCUGUAUGAAAAAGACAAUGCUUACCUAGCGGAGCUAGCCAGUCUGCUGAGUCGCACUGUGAGUUAUGAAGGUCCUGCCCUGAGGAAGCAAAUUGCUAAAGCCCAGCAGCUGCAGCAGGAGCUAAGCAGGCGAGAGCUGGAGUGCCAGAGCACAGCAGCAGACAUGAAGGAGCGCUAUUAUGCAGCAUGCAGGCAGUAUGGCAUAGUGGGGGAGAAUGUAGCGCGGGAGUUGCAGGCGCUGGUUAAGGAUCUACCCACCACGCUGGAGGAAACUGGCAAGCGGGCAGCGUGCCUGGAAGAUCCCAUAAAGCUAUAUGCAGCUUUCACAAAUUUUGUCUGUGACUGGUCUGAGCCAGUCCUGCCUAUGCUGUCAUUCAUUCAACAAAAAGGAAACGCAACAAUGUAUGAAUGGCGGACAGGAAGAGCCCCAACGGUUAUAGAGAGACCUGUGGUGGAGGAAGCGCCACCUGAUACCGUCACAGAGGAAAAGAUUGACUGGGGUGACUGGAGUGCUGGGGCUGGUACCGAGGCCGUGAAUUCUGGGAUCACAGUUAAGGACAGUGUGGACUGGGGCGUCACCCUCGAGUCUGGAAAAGAGAUACAGGAUACAGGAGCUGGUGGCAUUGACUGGGAUGAAUCCGAACCUGCUGCAGGAGAAAUUGAACUUGUUGAUGCAGGCACCGACUGUCCUGAAGGUAUUGCCCGAGGAGGGGAUGCACUCUCUCUGCUUGAAAGUUCACAGACACGCAACCAGUUUAUCGAUGAACUGAUGGAGCUGGAGCUGUUCCUGUGCCAGCGGUUGAGCGAGAUGAGCGAGGAGGGGGACAUGGUGGCCAUGAGCCAGUUCCAGCUGGCGCCCUGUGUCAUCCAGGCGCAGUCAGCCCAGAGAGUGCAGGCCAUGCUGGCGGACGUGCGCCGCCUCCUGGAGGGGCUGACCUCGCUGCGCAUGCAGCAUCUGUUCAUGAUCCAGGCAUCGCCACGCUACGUGGAGCGCGUGUCAGAUAUGCUGAGGCAGAAGCUGAAGCAGGCUGAUAUCUUGGUGCUAAAGCGCGCCUCUCUGGCUCAACGCCGGCAGGAGGCUCUGGAGGAGCAGGCCAAUCUGGAGCCCCGCAUCGACCUGCUGGCUGCUCGUGCCAAGGAACUGCAGAAACUGAUUGAAGCUGACAUUUCCAAACGUUACAACAAACGGCCAGUUAACCUUAUGGGUGUUCAUGUGUAAAUGAUCAAUUUCAAAAAGCAACGUUUUGUGAAUAAAUAUUAUAUUUCAUAUAAACAA